AUGAUUAUGAAGGCAAUUUAUAGGGCGCUGCAGCAGUCCCAUUUUUGGAAUGGGUGCACAAAUCAAUGCACCAAUUUGUACGGAGGUCUUAACAAAGACAGGUUCCCACAGGCUAAAGUACUGUUCGAUUGGUACUAUAAUUAUACGACUAUAUUAAGGAAUAAGGAACAGAAUUGUCGCAAUUAUUGCACAGGUAACAAAUGCAAUACCGCUUACAACACAGCCCAUUCAACAUACACAACAUUAGGUAGAACUUGCGGAAGCAGUGGCGGAGAAUCAUAUUGUACCGAUUUUAAGGAGAACCCAAAAGAGAAGCCAGAAUAUAACCCACCACAGUCAUUAGACUGCCCUGCUGCACCAGCACCACAGGACGCCGACACAAGUACAUUACCUUCACAAAAAAUAUACAAUGCAUUAGACCAAGGAGUAGGAACAAGUUGUAUACUCAAGGGAAGCAAAGGGAACAGUAGUCAACUGGAAGUACAGCUGAAAGGAUCAUUAUCGCCAUACGGAGGGGAUAACUGGACUUGGAUCAAUAAAAUUAUAAGGAACUACUGUUAUGCAUGUGAAGGGAGGGGGAUGGGGGACAGUUUAUCAGAUAGUGAACGUUUUGGCUUCUUUUAUUAUUGGUUAGGUGAUAAAAUAAAUAAGGAACAAAUUAAGGGAAGAGGCUCUCUCUCAAUGGUUAUGGGGCCAAUUUAUGGACAUCUGCAGAAUUCCAUUUCCGGGUGCACGUGCAAUAAUAUAUACCCCAAUAUUAACAAGGAACGUUUCGAACGAGCUAAAACACUAUUUGAUUGGUACUAUAACUAUAGUAAACUGCAGAAUAGCGACGAGUGUAGUAAAUAUUGCACUGAGAACAAAUGCCAACAGUCCUUCACGGCAACUCAGAAAGCAUAUUCGCAGUUAAGUAAAGAUUGCCCAGGAACUGGCAAUGAUAAAUAUUGUGACAAAUUUAAAGCGAACUAUAAGAAGGACGGGGAAUAUGGACAACCUAAGCAAUUAACAUGCCGCACAUCCCCUGCCCAACCUACAGAAAGUCUUAUAAGAAGUGACUCUAACACAGGAGAUGAACCUCUCAGAAGUGAAUCCCAGGAGAAUGGAGCAAUUCUAGCAGGUCCACCACUUUUACAACCAUCUGUAGAACCUACUCAACCCACUCCUCAAGCAGCAGUAUCACAUCCCGAGGGAAGUAGUCGGGAAGAGGGAGGGCAGGGAGAAUCUUCCUCCAGUCGUGGAAGUGCAGCAGCAGCAGCAGCACCAGCGACUCUAAGAGGAAGUACCAGAAAAAAAAGAUCUACCAGGAGCAACUUCAAUAACACACUCACAGAAGACAGCUCAACAGUAGCAUCCACACUACAUUCAGAGGAAUCAACCAUAGCAGAUUCUACACAUGGUUCUACCAUAUAUAAUAAUGAUAGGUCACCAUCUAACAGCAGAAGAGGAACAAAUACUAAUAGAAGACAACGGCAACAAAAUAGGAAUAUAGGUUAUCAAAAUAUGUAA